AUGCCUACCCUGCGAUCCUCCUCCGGGCCCCAUAGCUCCUCCUCCCCAAGCAGUGUGUCUUCAUCUGUGCAAAAAAGUGGACAGAGGGGCUUAUCUGCAUCCUCUGGUUGCUCUGUCAAUCAGCCUCAGGAUGGGAGGGACUGGGGCCAUACUUCAGAGGGGAAUAGUGACUCUUCAUCAGCUGAUGAAAGCAGUGACUUUGAAGACAUCUUGAGACGCAGUGUGAAGAAGAGACCAGCAAAACGACCACUCAAAACAACUCCAGUGGCAAAACAACCAAAGAAGGGGUCCCGGAUGGUACGUGAUCACCACCAGAAAGAGUCAGAGCCACCAGCCAGUGAUCUUUUUGAUGCUGUGAAGGCUGCCAAAAGUGACAUGCAGACAUUGGUGGAUGACUGGGUGGAUAGCUACAAGCAAGACCAAGAUGCAGGAUUCCUGGAGCUCGUUAACUUUUUCAUUCGCUCUUGUGGCUGUAAAGGCACUGUGACUCUCGAGAUGUUCAAGAAGAUGUCCAACUCUGAGAUCAUCCGGCACCUAACAGAACAGUUUAAUGAGGACUCGGGGGACUAUCCUCUGAUAGCUCCAGGUCCAUCCUGGAAGAAGUUCCAGGGCAGCUUCUGUGACUUUGUGAAGACAUUGGUCUGUCAGUGCCAGUACAGCCUCCUCUAUGAUGGCUUCCCCAUGGACCACCUCAUCUCCCUGCUCACUGGCCUCUCAGACUCCCAAGUCCGUGCCUUCCGUCACACUAGCACACUGGCUGCCAUGAAGCUGAUGACUUCCCUUGUAAGCGUUGCCGUCCAGCUGAGUAUGCACAAAGACAACAAUCAGCGUCAGUAUGAGGCUGAACGAAGCAAGGGGCCGGGGCAGAGAUCUCCUGAGCGGCUGGAGAGCCUGCUGGAGAAACGCAAAGAGCUCCAAGAGCAUCAAGAGGAGAUUGAGGGAAUGAUGAAUGCUCUCUUCAGAGGUGUCUUUGUACAUCGGUACCGGGAUGUCCUUCCUGAGAUCCGUGCGAUCUGCAUUGAGGAGAUUGGGUCUUGGAUGCAAAGCUACAGUACCUCUUUUCUCACUGACAGCUAUUUAAAAUAUAUUGGCUGGACCCUGCAUGAUAAGCAUCGAGAAGUCCGUCUAAAGUGCGUGAAGGCUCUGAAAGGGCUGUACAGCAACCGCGAGGUGACUGCACGCCUGGAGCUCUUUACCAGCCGCUUCAAGGACCGGAUGGUUUCUAUGGUCAUGGACAGAGAGUAUGAUGUAGCAGUGGAGGCCGUCAAACUACUAAUAAUUAUCCUUCAGAACAUGGAAGGAGUGCUGACAGACACGGACUGUGAGAGUAUCUACCCUGUUGUGUACGCGUCUAAUCGAGCCCUGGCUUCUGCUGCAGGAGAGUUUCUCUACUGGAAGCUCUUCUACCCUGAGUGUGAGGCAAGAACAGUGGGUGGAAGAGAACGACGCCGAAGUCCACGCUCCCAGAGGACUUUCUUUCAACUUCUGUUGUCCUUCUUUGUGGAGAGUGAGCUCCAUAAUCAUGCUGCUUACUUAGUAGAUAGUCUGUGGGACUGUGCUGCGCCUCAGCUGAAGGACUGGGAGAGUCUGACAAGCCUGCUGCUGGAGAAGGAUCAGAACCUGGGCGACGUGCAGGAGAGCACACUGAUAGAAAUCCUAGUGUCCAGUGUCCGGCAAGCUUCAGAGGGUCACCCGCCUGUGGGGCGGGUCACUGGGAAGAAGGGCUUAACCCCUAAAGAACGUAAGAUCCAAGCCGAUGACAAGGUGAAGCUGACUGAACACCUCAUCCCCCUGCUGCCCCAGCUCCUGGCCAAGUUCUCAGCUGAUGCAGAGAAGGUUGCACCCCUGCUGCAGCUUCUCAGCUACUUUGACCUCAAAAUCUACUGCACCAGACGCUUGGAGAAGCACCUGGAGCUGUUCUUGCAGCAACUCCAGGAGGUGGUGGUGAAGCAUGCUGAGCCAGCGGUGCUUGAGGCUGGAGCUCACGCCCUCUAUCAGCUCUGCAAGCCCGAGUUCACUUUCUUCAGCCGGGUGGACUUUGCCCGCAGCCAACUGGUGGAUCUGCUGACCGACCGCUUCCAGCAGGAACUUGAAGAGCUGCUACAGUCUUCCUUCCUAGAUGAGGAUGAGGUGUAUAGUCUGGCGGCUACUCUAAAGCGCCUCUCUGCCUUCUACAAUGCUCAUGACCUGACUCGCUGGGAGCUCUAUGAGCCAUGCUACCGACUCCUCCGGAAGGCUGUGGAUACAGGAGAGGUUCCUCGCCAGGUGAUCCUUCCAGCCUUGACUCUUGUCUAUUUCUCCAUCCUCUGGACUCUAACCCACAUUUCUGAAUCAGAUGUUUCCCAGAAGCAGCUGUUGAGUUUGAAGGGCAGAAUGGUGGCCUUCUGCGAGCUCUGCCAGAGCUGCCUCUCAGAUGUGGACCCUGAGAUUCAGGAGCAGGCUUUUAUCUUAUUAAGCGACCUACUUCUCAUCUUCAGCCCUCAGAUGAUUGUAGGGGGAUGCGAUUUCCUUAGGCCCCUUGUCUUUUUUCCUGAAGCUACUCUCCAGUCUGAGCUAGCCAGCUUUCUCAUGGACCACGUCUUCAUCCAGCCUGGAGACCUGGGCAGUGGUGAUUCGCAGGAGGAUCAUUUACAGAUAGAGCAGCUGCACCGGCGGCGCCGCCUCCUGGCUGGGUUCUGCAAGCUGUUGCUAUAUGGGGUGCUAGAGAUGGAUGCAGCCUCAGAUGUUUUCAAACACUAUAACAAGUUCUACAAUGACUAUGGUGAUAUUAUCAAAGAAACAUUAACUAGAGCGAGACAGAUUGACCGAAGCCAUUGUUCCCAAAUUCUACUGCUGAGCCUCAAGCAGUUGUACACAGAACUGCUGCAGGAACAGGGACCCCAAUACCUGAAUGAGCUUCCAGCCUUCAUUGAGAUGAGGGACCUGGCCCGGAGGUUUGCUUUGAGCUUUGGGCCCCAGCAGCUACAGAACCGUGAUCUUGUGGUCACGCUACACAAGGAAGGCAUCAAGUUCUCCUUGUCUGAGCUUCCUCCAGCUGGCUCCUCCAGUCAGCCCCCAAAUCUGGCAUUCCUGGAGCUCCUUUCAGAAUUUUCCCCUCGACUCUUCCAUCAGGACAAGCAGCUACUCCUGUCUUACCUGGAAAACUGUCUGCAGCAUGUCCCCCAAGCACCUGGCCAUCCCUGGGGUCCAGUCACCACUUACUGCCACUCCCUCAGCCCUCUAGAGAACACAGCUGAGGCUAGCCCUCAGGGCUACCCCCGCUCCAAGAAGAGGCGCAUUAAAGGCCCCUCCAGGCUGAAUGGAGAGGACACCUCUCCCUCCCGGGAAGAAAGCUUACAGCUGAGCAGCAUCCCACCCACGCCCACCCUCACCUCUACAGCUGUGAAGAGUAGACAGCCCCUGGGGGGGUUAGAAGAGGUGGAAGAAGAAGAGGGCUUAGAAUCAGAGUUCACCCAAGGUCAGCGCUUUUCAAACACCCAGCGGCUGAGGUACUCAGGUCCACAGCAUUUCCGUACUCCACCCAACUCUUCAGGUCCUGGUCUGGGCAGUCGGCUGACCCGACUCAGCCUAAUGGAAGAGGAAGAAGAGGAAGGACUAGCAGCUCAGGAUGACUCAAGUGAAGAAUGGCAAGAGACAGACAAGGUGAGAGGAGCCAACAUUCCCUUGUCCUUCUAGAAUGAGAGACAGGAAAGAGAAGGAGAGAAACUAGAAUGAUUCUCUUCUGGCAGUCAUGAUG